AUGCAUUAUUCCUUGUUUUCUGUGAGCAUUUACUUCAUAGGUCUGGUCACCACAUCUAUUUCUAGUCCGUAUCCUCCACCAAUCGGCGGCGAGAAAACUCUGAAGUGCACACGUUAUUCCAACAUCACAGGGCCUAACACUACAUGUAAUGACGACCCCCAUCAAGUUUGUACGGGAGGAUGCACAGGAACAAUUGUGGCAAGCCAAUGCACGAAAGAAGGCGACCCUUCCGACCACUCGGAACAACAAAUGUGCACGAUUAGCUACAGUCAGCCGAGCCUGGAGCGUGGAGUAUGCAUCAAUGAUCAAGGCACGUUCUCUUGUCAGGGGAUCCCACAGGGAGAAGCCAGUGAGUCGCCAGAGUCCCUCGAAGCCUACGAAGAGUCGUCAAGGUACUCAAGCCAUCUUCAUCUGCAUCAUAUCGCUCGACAGCUUGUUCAGGAUGCGCUUUCGUCGCCAACGGGUCUGAUGCCGGCGUUGCUCAAAUCUCUAAUAGCUCCCAUGCAGACUCCGUUCUAUCCGGAACUAAGACUCCAUUGUCUUUAUCGACCGCAGCGCUACCGACAGGAAGCAGGCUCACCCUCUUCGGCUCAAGCUUAUUCGGCCUGA